CUCUCUGUGAUGCACUUUUGAGUCUAGGUUUUAUGUUUGUCCCUACUAUUUUUAUGCAACUUGAUUCAAUUAUGCUGUUUACUUUAUGAACAUCAGUCCACCCAUCACAUUCUCUUUUUGCCUCUAGGAAUUCUACUCAGAAGUAUUUGUAUAAUUAAGUGAUAUUUUAAAGACUAUUGACAAAGUCUUAAAAUAAACGCUACAGCUUGAUAACGUAUUACUAGUUAAACCAGAUUUCUUUUUACAUUUUAUAUAAAUAUUUGACUGGACAUUUCCAACAAAAUCAUCUUCCUAACUAAACACAAGAGUUGAAAAAUUCAAAAGAGAACGCUGAAUGAUCAUUAGUCAAAGAGCAAGUAAAGGAGUAAAAUUAUUAGGGUAAGAGCACUCUGAAAAACUUGUGGUUUGAUAAUUACAGUUGAAACAGAAUGUACUCGACAUGUAUCAUCACUAAUGUGUAAAAUUUAUUUUAAAAUAUAAGGUAAUCCUGUUUACUUGCCGAACGUUGCUUAAGGUUGUCUCCUAUAUAGUGUGAUUGCAGACCUUUAUUCCCCAUAUUUUCAUCCUGUCAUCUUAACACGUCAUAGGAUGGUUUAGUUUAUUGCAGAUCAAACAAAAACAUUUCAGUACUUUUGUGCAUCAGACACCUUGUUCUCACUUGAUAAAAUGUAACUUUUUGUAUGUUCUAAAAUAAACUACUAACUAUUUCAGGAAAAUUACAUGGUUUCCAAAUCAACUUUCUCAACAGCUGGGUCGUUAGAUAACGAGGGGCUAAAUUCGUCUAAAAAAUCUGCUGAUCAUGACCCUAUAGAUCUCCAAGCACCUACUACAUUUAGUCAUUCUAAUGCAGAAGCGGUCCCAUCGGCAGUGCUUAAUAGUAGUUCUACACUCUCCACUACGAUACUGCCGUCUCAGGGUCAACCGUUGACACCAAAUACUCAGAUAAUAUCAUCAUUUUAUCAACAACCUUCAGGACAUCAAAACCAUCUUCCCACCCAGUCUCAAGUACAACCCUCAAUACCUCUAUCCUCUCAAAACUCAGCACAACCUAAAGUUGAUUGCAAUGAUACUCCUAGGAUGCCUAACACAUCAACUCCGACGUUACAACAGCAUAGUACGCCAUCUUUCAGGGUACGUCAUUUUAGUGUUUUUUGUGAACAUCAUACCGUUCAGUUCAAUUUGUAA